AUGGCUAAUGAUAAUUCAGCAAGAGUUGAAACCAAUGAUAUUGAAAACAAUGAUACUGUUUUAGAUGUAAACAAAGAUUCCUCUCAAGACUCUUAUGUUCCUUUCUUGCAAAAGUUAAUAGCAGAGGUUGUGGGAACAUAUUUCUUGUUAUUUGCAGGAUGUGCUUCAAUUAUAGUGAACAAGAACCACGACAACGUUGUCACACUUCCUGGGGUCGCAAUUGUUUGGGGACUUACUUUGUUGGUGUUGAUUUACUCUCUCGGUCAUAUCUCUGGUGCUCAUUUCAAUCCUGCUGUUACCAUUGCUUUUGCUACUACAAGGAGGUUUCCUCUCAUACAGGUACCAGCCUAUAUACUGGCUCAACUCCUGGGGGGUACACUAGCAAGUGGAACUCUAAAAUUAAUAUUCAGUGGCACACAUGACCAGUUCUCAGGAACACUUGCAACUGGCUCUAACUUUCAAGCUUUUGCCCUUGAAUUUAUAGUCACAUUUCACCUUAUGUUUACAAUUUCCGCUGUUGCAACCGAUAAUAGAGCGAUUGGUGAGUUGGCUGGAAUUGCAGUUGGAUCUACAUUAUUGCUUAAUGUGUUGGUUGCAGGACCGAUAACAGGAGCAUCAAUGAAUCCGGUUAGAAGUUUAGGACCUGCUUUUGUACACAACGAAUAUAGAGGAAUAUGGAUAUUUAUAAUUUCUCCGAUUUUGGGAGCGGUGGCCGGAGCAUGGGUCUACAACCUUGUUAGGCACACUAACAAGCCAUUGCGUGAGAUCACCAAGAGUGCAUCCUUCCUCAAAGAAGCAAAGCGUGGGGGAAACAAUUGA